CGCCUGUCGCCGACUACUCGUCUCAACCUUCCGUUCCAUCUCUUCCGCAGUUCGACGCCUAGUUUAGCAUACGCUAGCGACUUGAGCCGCGUGCUGCAUGUUGCUAAAUUGCAACACCAUGCAUGGAGCCAUUCAUUUGCCGUCUCUGUCCUCUCACCGCUCAUGCUUGAAAGAUCCUACCGCUCAGCGUGCUCUAUCGCAACGGCUCAUGGCGCCACUGCAGCGCAAUGCUGGCAAUGCCUGCUGCCGGAUUCCUUGUAA